CUCCUCCUGGCUAAUGACGUCACGCAGCUUCUCCUGCUGUACAGCGAAGCGCUCGAGACUGAUGAGGCGCGCGCUCACGGCAGCCGCACAUAACGGUCCACAAGAGACUGCACUUCAUCUGCAGUAAAAUAUUAUGGAAGGCUUUUGAUCUCUCAGUCUGAAACCGAAACAUGUGAAGAAAAGCUUGGGACAAGAGUUGGAGUUCAGUAGUGAAACUCACCAUGGCUGCCCAUCGCAUUCGAUCAGCGAACAACAACACUGUGCUCCCUCGCUGUAGAUCUGAGGGCGCACUUAUCGAUCUCAGUGAAGGAGUGUCAGAGGCCACCCUUUCAGAUGUUAAAGCGCCUUCCCCUAGUGCCUUACGACUGGAUGUUACCUCAUUUGGAGCAGUCAGGGAAGUGAUUGCCAUUAAGGAUUACUGUCCGUCCAACUUUACCACUCUUAAGUUCUCAAAGGGAGACUGUCUUUAUGUUAUAGACACAUCGGGUGGAGAGUGGUGGUAUGCACACAACAGUAAAGAAAUGGGAUACAUCCCAGCAGCCUAUGUCCACCCAAUCAAUUAUCGAGACUCCUCGUUCAGUGAUAGCGGUAUGAUUGACAGCCUUGGUGACACUUCUGAGGGAGUGAAAGAAAUGGACAUCUCAGGGGAGUGGAAGGAGUCCUCCAAAACCACAGAAUCUAGAAAUGAAAACCCUUUUGUUAAUAAACGGAUGUCAACUAACCCUUUCCUAAAUGGCACGGUGCAAGACACCUCUGACCAAAACAACAAGCAUAAUUCAGCAAAUGCUUUGUGUUUUGAUAACCCCUCACUUCCCAUCUCAACCACCAGCAGCACUGUUAAUAUUAAUGGCUUUGAAAGUGGGCUAUUUGACGCAUACAAUUUCAGUCCCGGCUCAGGAAUGGCUCGAAAUCUUCGCCGAGAUGAUCCAUUUUUUAGGAGCAAGCGCUGCUACAGCAUGUCAGAACUGUCUGUCCUGCAGUCCUUGUCUGAUGGGAAUCAAGGCUCCUUGAGUUUUUUUGGUGGCAUGAAGUCACCUAAACCGGAGCAUUUUCAAAGUAGAGAUGAUUUCAAAACGGCAUGGCUAAAUCACCGCAAAUUUACACGAUCCUGCCACGACCUGGACUCCAUUGGACAAAAUCCAGGUUGGGGGCAAACCCAGCCAAUAGAGACCAACAUUGUGUGCAACCUGGACAGUUCUGGUGGAGCCGUGCAGCUACCAAAUACCAGUAUCAGCAUACAUAUCCCUGAGGGCCAUGUUGCACCGGGUGAGACUCAACAGAUAUCGCUGAAGGCCCUUCUGGAUCCACCAUUGGAGCUCAACAAUGAUAGAUGUACUACUGUAAGUCCAGUGGUAGAAGUAAAACUCAGUAACAUGGAAACCAAGACCCCAGUCACUUUAGAGAUGAAGGUGUCUGUUGUAGUGAAGAUAGAGAGCCGCAAAACUGCAGAGGUGGUGUGCGUAAGAAGCGACUGGAAAGAAGGACCAUACGUCCCGAUUCCACAUGUAUACAUGUAUGGAGACACAGUUCAAGUGACUCUGGACAAUUUAGAACCUUGCAUGUAUGUCUCUGUGGUUGCCCAAGCACAAACUGUGGCCCCAUACAACACGGUGUGGGAACAUGUCGUAAAAAAGGUCACUCUUGGGGUAUACGGGCCAAAACACAUCCACCCAUCCUUCAAGACAGUGGUGGCCGUUUUUGGCCACGACUGCGCCCCGAAGACGUUGCUAGUGAGUGACGUAAAAAAGCACUCACAGUCUACUCCACCUGUUGUCCUUCAGCUCUGGGGAAAGCAUCAGUUUGUACUAACAAAACCUCAAGACCUUCAAGUUGGCGUGUAUUCAAACAUGUCCAAUUUUGAAGUAAAAGCCAAUGAACAGGCAAGAACCAUGAGGGGUUUUCAGAUCAAACUCGGCAAAGUGGCCCGUCUCAUCUACAUGAUUGCAGCCCGGGAUUCUACUGACAUUUUAGAUUUUACUUUGCGAAUUCAAGUCAAGGAUGAUAAGGACUGUAUCCUUGCCCAGUUUUGUGUUCAGACGCCAACCCCACUACCAAAAACAAGCACAAGCAGCUCCGUUCAAAGGCGCUUCCUAAAGAAAAAGGAAGUGAACAAAAUUGUACUGUCUCCUCUUGCGGCGACCACAAAGUACCCUGUGUUUCAGGACAGACUAGUCAAAAACCUAAAAUUUGCUAAGUUGCUGAAAACUGUUAUAAGACAGUCCAAAAGCAUGUAUUUACUAGAGUAUCUUAAAGGUGACGUAAUAGCUCUUUUGAGUGAGGAAAAAAUUAAAUUUAAAGGACAUCUAUGGACCAAAGAGUGGUACAUCGGAUACUACCAUGGAAGAAUUGGCUUGGUGCAUGCCAAAAACAUUCUAAUCAUGGGAAAAGUGAAACCUGUUAAUUUCAAAGGGUCUGAUCUUAUGACUACAGCCCUUUUAGAGCAGAUCCUGAAGCCCUGCAUGUGCCUGACGUACAUCUAUGCAUCAGUGCGAACGAUAUUGAUGGAGAACGUGGCGAGCUGGAGAGCGUUUGCUGAUGCUUUGGGCUACGUCAAUCUGCCUCUGGCGCAUUUCUGUCGGACAGAGCCAGAGAGUGAGCCUGAAAAAGUGGCUUCUGUUCUUGAGAAGCUUAAGGAAGACUGCAACUCAGCUGAAUGCAAAGAGAGGAAGUCUUUCCAGAAGGAACUCAUGAAGGCUCUUCUGAAGAUGGACUGUCAGGGCCUGGUGGCACGGCUGGUCAUGGACUUUGUUCUGUUGACCACAGCGGUGGAGGUGGCGGGACGCUGGAGGGAGCUUGCUGAGAGACUGGCCAAAGUGUCCCGGCAGCAGAUGGAAGCAUAUGAAGCUCCACACAGGGACAGCAGGGGACAACUGGACAGCGAGGCCAUGUGGAAACCUGCCUAUGACUUCCUGGUCACAUGGGCAGCCCGGAUUGGGGACAGUUACAGGGAUGUGAUUCAGGAACUUCACACUGGAUUGGACAAAAUGAAGAACCCCAUCACCAAGCGCUGGAGACACAUCACUGGCUCCCUCAUCCUUGUCAACUGUUUGGAUCUCCUUCGGAGCUCCGCCUUCAGCCUCUCCCCUCAAGAUGACUGUGCCAUAUAAGGACUGCCUACACCAGCUGACUUUUACAAGACCCAGAUACACCUGAUUUCAAUUUGUAUUCCUAAAGGGUCCCUAUUAUGCUUAUUUACAGGUUUAUAAUUUUGUUUAGGGGGUCUACUAGAAUAAAUUUACAAGAUUAAGGGCUAGUUUACACUGAAAAUGAUCCUCGUCUACACUGGCGUUUCCACAGGGUUUCAGAAACAAUCUCCGUCUACACUACAUGACCAAAAACGAAUGUCACAUGACCGUUCAUACACACUGGGUAUGCGCGUACAAGUGUAAACAGUUGCCUCUUGCGCAUGUAGGUAGCAGCAGUAUUAAAAAAAUAAUAAAUCAGAGUUUAACUGCACAAUGGCUGCUAAAAAUGACAACAAAGCCAGGAAAGAUUGCAGUUCUGUCUCCAUGUUAUUGUUUAUACAGUCGUCAAGGAUAUGCAGAGCGAAAGUGGGCAGCCAUGCCAUCAUCUCCGUUUUGGUCCGUUUACACUGAAACGCAACCCUGGCGUUUUCGAAAGUCUCCGUUUUCGAGGGUCUAAAACGUUGGAGUAGUGUAAACAACAAGGGGUAACCAUAUCAAUAUUUAUGCGAUUUAAAACGAAAACGCACUGGUGUAAACGGGGCCUAAAUGUUUUUUUUCGGUUACGGUUUUCACCCUCUGUCUGAAUGCUCUGUUUUAGUUUUAGUUUCUUUAAAACCUGCCUUUCGGAAAGCCCAGUCUGCUCUGAUUGUUCAGCCGGCCCCAAUCUGCUGUAUUGGUCUACCGCUUGGAGCAUGUGAGACAAAUGUAAUGUUAAAAAUUCAUUUUAAACACUGAUUCUUCAAUUCCUCUGCCUUUGUAAGUCCAUCUAAUGAUGUUUUCCCCUCUCACACAGUGAAAACGAAGUGAUAAAUUCCUCCUGGCCUUAUAAAACCUUUGUUUGAUGGCGAGUCAAAUUAGCCAGCAGCUGGGCAUUACGCAAAUGUGUUACAUGGUGAUGUACUUACAGCACAAAAAUAAUAGCAGGACUACAAAGGAGACAUUUCAGGCAGGUGUUUUCUGUGGGAGCGAUUAAUUCCCUUUGGCAUGGACUUUGUAACUUUGCAGACUGUUUAAAUGCACAAACAUUUAUAUUGCACACUAAAGAUAAAUUGAAAAAAAGCAUAAUAGGUCCCCUUUAAAGACUCUUUUCUUUGUACAAGUUUUGUUAGCCUUGGUUUUGCACAGAAAAUUGUACAAAGGACCAAAUGUGUAUUUCUGAUGUUUUAAUACAAAUCCAAGGCCUCUAUCUCAUGGAUAUGUAAAACUUCAAAUGUAAAAUAAGAUUGUUUAGAUUUUUUCUAUUACAUAUUGCAGAUCAUCAUGAUUUUAUACUUUUAUCAUGAUGUAAAUUUUGUACAAAGGAUACACGUUUACAUACUUGUACAUUUUUUCACUAAUACUGCAAUAUAGGGCUGUGCAUUUAAUCAUAAUUGAUUUUUGAUUUUGGCUUCCAACGAUUAUGAAAACAAGAUAAUCAAGGUGAAAUGAUUAUUGUGCCGCUGCCACAUUGCGUCCAGCGCACCAUCCUUUCCUUCACAGCGGUGUGCUUUCGUUCCUCCCUAAAACCCAAACUUUAACAUCCAAAUCAGCCAAAUAAGUUAGCUGUAAAAUGCAGUCUACUGUUGCUAAACUGCGGGACGAAUUUGAUAUUAAACAGUGUUAUUAAAAGCACAUUAAGAUGCAAAAGAAACACUGUUCCCCAGGCGGCUUUCUGUGUAAAUGCGCUCCGAGUUGGAGCCGAACGCGGAUAAGCAAAUGGGCUUCGGAUAAGCGCCUAAAUGCGUACACACAAAAAUGUCAAAAUGCCUUUUUAGAGAGUAUUUAGUUAUAUUGGAUCUGUGCAUUAGCUCUUAAAGUGACAGCUACCUGCUGCAGUCUGUCAUUAAUGAUAAUCAAACAAAUGAUAAAGGCAAAUCACUCACUGAUCUUGACUGAAUAACUUAAGUAGCUUUAAUAAGGAUUAAUCUAUAUUUAAUGUGUACAGUAAGCCUAUGCAGUGUUAUUUUACAUGUGAUUAUUCAAUUUUUUUGUAUAUCUGAAAAUAUCUGAAUACCACUGUUAGUAGGCUACAUCUUCCUGAAAACGUAAAACACUGUUUAUUUAAUUUGUAUUUUCGUUCCGUUGUAUUUCCAUUUUGUUUGUAAUUAGGUUCUUUGUUCUUGUUAUAUGCUGACUGUUUACUUGUCUCGUGUAAUUGUAUUGAGGACCUUUUUCUUACAUUAGUUAAGUAUCGAAAAUUGUGAAACUUCACUGAUAUUUAAAAUGACUCAUAUUGUGAAAUAAGAUUUUAAUCAUAUCGCCCACUAAUAUCAUGUUAAAUAAUCGUGAUUUCAAUAUUGUCCAAAAAAAUGAUGAUUAUGAUUUUUGCCAUAAUCAAUGUUAGCAGCCCUAACAAUUAUUCUGUUUUGUUUUUAUGUGUUGUUUUGUGAUGUCAACUACAUUGUAUUGCUAAACUGCCUAUUUCUAUUUCUAUAAGUGUCUAUUGUUUAUGAAGACCUACUUUAUUUUUAAGUAAGCCAAUGUUUUAAGGGAAAGUAUAUAUAAUAUAAACUCAAAUACUCACAUCAGCACAUAUAUAAAAAAAAAGCUUUUGAUCAUCAACUGACAAAUAAAAAGGCUUACUCACCAUUAGUGCGCUGGAGGUGAGAACGUUUGACCAUU